AUGGCAUCGCCACGUCGAAUCGUUGUUCUACUGCGGCCAGGCUCAGAUGGAGACCAGACCCACGUGCCCAAACCUGGCAGCCAAAUCCAAAUGGAUCCACCGACGCUCUAUUUGGAGAAACUAGGUGACCAAUGGAUGCAUGAUCGAAAUGAAGCACAGCCCGGUGUGAAGUACAUUCUCGAGGGUCUACCGGCAGGUUAUACUUUGUGGCAGCGUCCUCGCGCAAAAGACCCCAAACAAUUCGACAAGUACCUUUUUGGCCAUCCAGGUCGAAAGCUAUUCGAUUCACCUAAUCGCUUCUAUCCUCAUUUCAAACACUUGAUGGAGAACGCUGGAGACAGCAUGGGCUGCCCAUGCACAGUCUGUAACGGGUACUCGGGUGUCCUGCCGAGAUGCUCGUCGAACAGUGUUAGGAUGCGCAGCUCUAGUGGCACCUCAUCGACCCCAUCGUCGCGGCCUCUGUCAGUACAUGGACCAGCAGCUCGAUCCUUCACACUUCCGACUCAAGUUCUCCAAGCACGACCCAUCUUGACGGCUCCAGUGCAGUACAAGGGACGUCCGAAGCUACUCGGUACUGGUAUGGAUACAAGCCACAUUGACGAGGAAGGAACGCCGGAUGUGUAUCGCAAUCUUAUCCUCAAACUUCGGCGUCACAAUGAAAUCGACGAGCCUAUCGAGGAGCCGAUGAGUUUGGACUGGAGGGCCGAACAAGAGACCUUACCAGAGCUACUGACAAAGCUCGAGAAGGAGCAUCAAUGGGUCCCUCGCGUAGGAGACAUUGUUCUUUACGUGCGAGAGCUACCGGGCGACACGCACAUCAUCCGUCACCCUAUCACGAGAGGUUUUAAGAUGUACAACGAGCAGACAAAACUCUGGCUUAACUCGCCGUUGUGGGAGGCAGGAUUGGUCGGACAGACUCCAGUAGAGCCAACGACUAUCGAAGACAUAUUCCAGAACGGCGAAAAAGGGAGCAACGUUACAUCUUCUGGCGUACGUGUGGAGCCUUUGCCUAAUGUUAACAAUCCGGAUAAAUCCAUGUCGAAGCGCCACAAAUACAUUCCGAUCCGACACACCCGUCCUUUUGUUUUGUGGAAAGAGCUUUUGCAUCAGGUACCCCAGGAACAAUGGCAUUCGACUAUUUCCAACGCUCUAGCUGUUACCUCGACCAUGUCACUGUUCGGCAAGUACCGUUUCAAAGGAGCAUGGCCGGAUGCAACCUUGUACUGCUGUGGGCUGUAUCUUGGGUACGAAAUGCUUGCAGUGGGUGAUACUGUUCGAUUGCUGCCAAACGUAAAUCAUGGUCAGACCACCUGCGACGAUAUUCUGAUCGUUAAGUCGAUUCGCUUGCAGUGGUCCAAUCUCGAUGCAGCUUCAGACAACGAUUGGGAUGAAAACAGACCCUACAACUCCAGUGUCUGGAUCUAUGGUGCAGCAUACAGCAACAAUCCUGCCCGAACGAACACGGAGUGGUUAUCCAACGACCCCGUCCGUCCCUCGAAAGUAACGGACGACUAUAGCAAGUGGUUCCCUCUUCACCCGCCAUCAAAAGAAUUGGCAAUUCCCUACUCGCGUAUAUUAGGUAGACUAUAUGAGCGAGACGCGAUGGCUUUGUGGCUGAACACUAAAUCCACAGAUCUUCCACUACUAGAUGCUGGACGUGAAGGCCUAGUAGAAGGCCGCGCUUACUCUCGCCGACAUGACAAUCGCAUUGCUCGCGUGCUAGACGCAACAUGGUACUGGAGUGAUAGCCGUGCACAAGCUCUCGACCUGCAUACCAUCAACGGCUUGGACGUCGCAGCGCACGAUAAAGAACGCGAUCCUAAGGAGUGGCGUAAGAAAAUCAAGAUCAUGGAGGGCAUGACAAACAACAAUAUCGUUCCCCCUGCGAGGUCCUCCAACACGCAUGGUCUUGCUGGACGCAGCUUACGUGGAUUCAUGGCACCUGCCUUGUCAGAGCUCCCUGUCCGCUCACAGCUUUCGAGAGCCACCGACGCGGCCAGCUUGAGUGGCAGUAUGACAAUCUCCUCAGCUACCAAAGAGAGCUCAGUUGCCGAGACAGCAAGGAAGAGGUCACACAUCGUCAAUCUUGACAGUGAGGAAUACGAUGAAAAUGACAAAAUCAACGAAGAAAUCAGACAAGCCAUGAAAGUCGUUGAGGAUAACAGCCAUGCGCCAACCAAGAAAGCUCGUGUUACAGUCGUCAUCGACUGA